AUGUCGACUGUUGCUCGCCGCGCAAUUUCUAACCUCCGACGUGGCAGACAGCCUAUUAAGCGUGUAACGAAGGCAUGCUUCGCCUGUCAAAGAGCGCACGUGAAGUGCUCCGGAGAGAUACCCCAGUGUGACCGCUGCGCCAGGCGAAACCAAGAAUGCGGGUAUAUCCCAGGCAGAGAUGGUCGAAGCAAUAAAGCCACACGUGCCACCAUAUCCGUCGAUCCUUCUUCCAGUAACUCUGCUGCGGACUCAGGUGCAGACAUCACCGCCUCUGCCCAUGUAGACGACCCGUUUUACGGAACACCAACCGCGGCGAAUGCGGACUCGACUGGUGCGAUGAAAGACGGAGAUGCGGCCGACAUUCGGGUCGUUCGGUUCAGCCCCAUCACCCAAAAAAUGGCAGCGAAUAAGUGACGCUCGGUGGUGAAAUGUAGAUAGGUUCGGAAAAAAGGCUAGGUUUGCGUAAAUGUGAC